AUGGUUGUUUCGAGGACGGAUACGCGACUGGAUGUGUUGGAGAAGGCUACGGAGGAAAUCAACGCUCGGCUACAACUAUCAGAUGGGCGGGCGAUAGCCUUGGAGGCGAAGGUUGACGCCAUGGUGGCAGAAAUCCGAGCAGGUUUCGCGGCGAUCAACGCCAAAUCUGGAGGUCCGGGUACAGGCGAGAACGACCCUCCGGAGAGCUCGGAGUCGAACUCGACACCCACGGGAGGCAAGACGCCAUCACCAAUGCCGACCUUUGAGGGUACUGAUGCCCUGGCGUGGCUGGCUCGGGCAGAACAAUACUUUUUGAUUGCGGGGACAACACCGGAGAAUAGGGUGGGCAUCGCGAUGGUAGCACUGGCAGGCCCAGCCCUUCCGUGGUACCAGCUAUUGCGUAAGCGGGUCCCAAAUCUCUCUUGGGCUCGUUUUGCACGUGAACUGAUGAAGCGCUUCGGUGGCAAUGGAGCGCUGGACGAGUAUGAAGCCUUCGCCGCGGUGCGACAUACCGGAUCUCUUGUCGACUACGUGGCUGCUUUCGAGGCACGUCUUGCUCAGGUCCCGGACAUAGCCAGCCACCAAUACCUCGGGUUUUUCAUGGCGGCCCUCCGUCCUGAGGUUCGCCUCCAAAUGAAGGCAGCGAAGAUCACAACCUACGAGGAUGCAGUCGAGCUGGCCCUGGAUAUCGACUCACUCACAACUGCACACGCCCCAAAGUCAGGUCAGUCGCUCACGCAGGGCAGUUCCCAUUCCAGACCGCCGGCGGGAUCUUUUUCGAAGGGAUAUUCCCACACUUCACCAGCGUUGUCUUCAGGCUCGUCUCGCCCUGGACCGAAGCGUUUCCGGAACAUGUCCACGGAAGAAUAUCAGAAACACAUCGCGGCAGGCACUUGUUUCAAAUGUGGAUUGAAAUUUGGGCCGACUCAUAGGUGUCCCCCCAAGACCUUGAAUGUUCUCGUCUGGGACAACGACGACGAGACAUCAGAUGACACUCCGUUUGACGAACCGGAGACUGCAGACACGGGCCUGGAGCUGCAGCUGUCGGAAUUGUCACGGCAUGGGAUCGACACGUCGCGAACCAUGAAACUUUUUGGUACUAUCGGGCAACAGAAGGUUAAGGUUAUGGUGGACAGCGGCGCCAGUCAUUGUUUCAUUUCAGAGCAGCUGGCGAGUACGUUGAGGCUACAGAUUACCUCGACCUCACCGUACUCCGUUCUACUGGGGGACGGAACGAAACGGCGCGCCAACGGCAUUUGCCAUCAGGUGCCAUUGACGAUGGCUUCGGAAACAUUUUCCCUAUCAUGCUACAUUUUUCCUCUCCGCAACAUUGACGUAAUACUGGGGGUUUCUUGGCUUGCCUCUUUGGGAAACGUCCUAGCUAACUGGCUGCACUCAUCGAUGAAAUUUUCAGUCGAAGGCAGGCUGAUAACCAUUCAGGGAGACCCCACCCUGAUGCGCCGCGCAUGUUCCCCCCAAGAUCUUCGCAGCCUCGAUGCCGGGGACUGCUGCUGGGUGCUCCGGUCAGUGGAGAAGGAGGCUGGACCGGACGGGUUCGGGAUCAGUAGCUCGCUGCCCGCUGCUGCCCGCUCCGAACUACUGCAAUUAGUGGAGGCUUUUCCUUCACUCACACGCCCCGAUCCAGGGCUGCCCCCGCCCCGUCACACGGAUCACCAAAUUCCUCUGCUACCCGGGGCAGAACCCGUCUCAGUUCGACCAUACAGGUACAACCAUCUGCAGAAGGACGAAAUGGAGAAGUUGGUGGCCGAAAUGUUGGCGUCAGGAGUAAUUCAGCCGAGUACCAGCCCAUACUCGAGCCCGGUUCUCUUAGUCCGCAAGAAAGACGGCUCGUGGAGGUUCUGCGUCGACUAUAGAGAGCUAAACAAGAAGACAGUCCCGGACAAGUACCCAAUUCCGGUCAUCCAGGAACUCCUCGAUGAAUUGCAUGGAGCUCGAUGGUUCAGCAAGAUCGACCUUAAGGCCGGCUAUCAUCAGAUUAGGGUGGCUCAAGACGACGUGCAUAAAACCGCAUUCCGCACCCACUCAGGGCAUUAUGAAUUUCUGGUCAUGCCAUUUGGCCUUACCAACGCACCGGCAACCUUCCAGAGUCUGAUGAAUGAUAUAUUUCGCCCGGCACUGCGAAAAUUCGUACUGGUAUUCUUUGACGACAUCUUAGUGUAUAGCGACUCUUGGGAGACUCACAUGAGGCACCUUCGGCUGGUUUUCGACUCCCUACACGCCAAUUCAUUGGUGGUUAAUCCGAAGAAGUGCCUUUUGGGACGUGACAGCGUGGAAUACCUCGGACAUAUCGUAUCCUAUGACGGCGUAAGGAUGGACCCAACCAAGGUCUCGGCGGUGCUCCGUUGGCCGACCCUACAUCUCUCAAAGGCAUCCGGGGCUUCCUCGGCCUCACAGGGUACUACCGCCGUUUUAUAA